UGUCUGAACCCGCGCGGGCAGCGACCGAACCGGCCCCGUCGGUGUGGAGGGGGACGUUGGCGGCGCUUGGGCCCCGAUGCUCCCGCCCUGGCUGCCAAGCGCCGGAGUGUGCGCUUAGCGCCCGGCUCUGGCUCCCAGAAGUAUCCGCGAGGGUGGGAACAACCUCUGCCUCGCGGAGACGGAGUGGCUGGAGGACGAGGCGGCGGCCGCCGGGAGGAGGAUGGGGGCUAACCAGUUAGUGGUGCUCAACGUGUACGACAUGUACUGGAUGAAUGAAUACACCUCAUCCAUUGGAAUUGGAGUUUUUCAUUCAGGAAUUGAAGUAUAUGGCAGAGAAUUUGCUUAUGGUGGCCAUCCUUAUCCCUUUUCUGGAAUAUUUGAAAUUUCCCCAGGAAAUGCUUCUGAACUAGGAGAAACAUUUAAAUUUAAAGAAGCUGUUGUUUUAGGGAGCACUGACUUCCUAGAAGAUGAUAUAGAAAAAAUUGUAGAAGAGCUGGGAAAAGAAUACAAAGGGAAUGCCUAUCAUUUGAUGCAUAAAAACUGCAAUCACUUUUCUUCAGCUUUAUCAGAGAUUCUUUGUGGGAAAGAGAUUCCUCGCUGGAUCAAUCGGCUUGCCUACUUCAGCUCCUGUAUACCCUUUCUACAGAGUUGCCUCCCAAAGGAGUGGCUAACCCCCGCGGCCCUGCAGUCCAGCGUCAGCCAGGAGCUCCAGGAUGAACUAGAGGAGGCAGAGGACGCAGCCGCGUCUGCUUCCAUGGCGAGCACUACAGCAGGCCCCAGACCUGGGCGCCACACUAAGCUAUAAGUGUCCAAAGUCACACCUUCAGAACUGUCUCUGCCGGUUGACUAUCACUAGAGAAAAGUAAAAGAUGAACGUCCUUGGAUAUUUUGUACGCAAAGAUGGCUCUCCCCCACUUCCCAGUUUUUCAGCUCAGGAUUAUAUUUGUAAUAAAAAAAAUCAUGUGGCAUAGGAGGGAGGACUUUGUGUGAAGCUGCCCUCUGUUUUUUAUCCACUUGUAAAUUUGGAUUUACUUCUGUUUUAUACAAGCUCUGUUAAGUUAUGUUUACAGUAUUUUGUAAAGCUGUUUACAGAUCUUGCAUGGAGUCCUGCCACCAUGAAGGAAGAAAAUCUUCAUGUGUUUAUAUACUUCUGAUGGUUGCCAGAGCUCCAGCAUAAACAGCAGGCACACAGGAAGGUACUUACAGUCAGCUGCUUAGGAACUGCCUUGUGGAUCUGUGUUGGUUUUUGUUCCCAUUGUAGCCCUAGAUGCAGAGGUGAAGGAGCACAGUCAGCUGGGGGCUUGGACCUUGUCUGUGGGAGAGGUGGCCUCAGCCUAAUAUUCCUGGCCUCGCUCCACUCUGAAAGCACAUCUCCCAAGACUCCCAUUCAGUGGUUGCUUUCAUCCCAAAUAUAUGUCCACUGAGACAGGGUGGCCAUUCUUGUGUCUGUCUGGCUUUGAUUCCUCUGAUUCUGUAACUAAAAUGGUUUUCAUUGGAGAUAUUCUUGCUGGUAACUGAUGAAUGUUUUGCACACAUGUUGGGGUCUCCUUUGAUAUGAAUAAAUAGAUGCUUCCCCUGAGCAUUGUUGAUAGGGCAGGAAUCUCCAAAGUGGCAGCCUUCUGAGUAGCAGUGUGACUGGACAUCUCAGUUGCUGUCAACUAUUCAGGCUCUCUUCCCUGCUAGACAUUGAAAACCAGAGUCUAAAGUAACACUCUCUGAAAACUUGAUUCUGUGAUGCCUCCCACAUUCAUGCACCUUGUCCAGGAGUAUGCUGGGGUUUGUUCGUUGUUCUGAGAGUAGAUUCCUCUCAUAAUAGGAAGCCUAGUCUCAUUGACUCUUGUGGAAAAAUCCUAUCUGUGUGUCUUAACAGUUCCUCUUUUUGUUCUCCCAAAUGUGUGUCUCUUACAUAAUAUACUCUUAACAGAGGAGUCCUCACCCCAGGGAAGUCCUUGUGGCAAAGAGUAUCCAUCCUAGUGCACUCUUUUUUUUUUAUUAAGGUAUUAUUGAUAUACACUCAUAUGAAGAUUUCACAUGGCAAAACAAUGUGGUUACUACAUUUAUCCAUAUUAUCAAGGCCCCACCCAUACUCCAAUGCAGUCACUGUCCUUCAGUGUAGUAAGAUGCCACAGAUUCACUAUUUGCCUUCUCUGUGCUAGUUUUCCCCGUGAUCCCCACACCAUGUAUAUAAACAUAAUAACCCUCAAUCCCCAUCUCCCUCCCUCCCGACAUGCCCUCCCACACCCCACCCCUUUGGUAACUACAAGUCCCUUCUUGGAAUCUGUGAGUCUGCUGCUAUUUUGUUCCUUCAGUUUUGCUUCGUUGUUAUACUCCACAAAUGAAGGAAAUCAUUUGGGACUUGUCUUUCUCUGCCUGGCUUAUUUCACUGAGCAUAAUAUCCUUCAGCUCCAUCCAUGUUGUUGCAAAUGAUAGGAUUUCUUUCUUUCUUAUGGCUGAAGAGUAUUUUCCAUUGUGUAUAUGUACCACCUCUUUAUCCAUUCAUCUACUGAUGGACACUUAGGUUGCUUCCAUAUCUUGGCUAUUGUAAAUAGUGCUGCGAUAAACAUAGGGGUACAUAUGUCUUUUUGAGUCUCAGAAGUUGUAUUCUUUGGGUAAAUUCCAAGGAGUGGUAUUCCCAGGUCAAAUGGUAUUUCUAUUUUUAGUUUUUUGAGGAACCUCCAUACUGCUUUCCACAAUGGUUGAACUAGCUUACAUUCCCCACCAGCAGUGUAGGAGGGUUCCCCUUUCUCUGCAUCCUCGCCAGCCUUUGUUGUUCUUAGUCUUUUCGAUGCUGGCCAUCCUUACUGGUGUGAGGUGAUAUCUCAUUGUGGUUUUAAUUUGCAUUUCCCUGAUGAUUAUUGAUGUGGAGCAUCUUUUCAUGUGUCUGUUGGCUAUCUGAAUUUCUUCCUUGGAGAAUUAUCUCUUCAUAUCCCCUGCCCAUUUUUUAAUUGGGUUAUUUGCUUUUUGGGUGUUCAGGCAUGUGAGUUCUUUAUAUAUUUUGGAUGUUAACCUCUUGUCGGAUAUGUCAUUUACAAAUAUAUUCUUUCAUAUUGUAGGAUGGCUUUUUGUUCUGUUGAUGGUGUCCUUUGCUGUACAGAAACUUUUUAGAUUGAUGUAGUCCCAUAUGUUCAUUUUUGCUUUUGUUUCCCUUGCUCAAGGAGAUGCGUUCAGGAAGAAGUUCAUGCUUAUAUUCAGGAGAUUUUUGCCUAUGUUGUCUUCUAGGACUUUUAUGGUUUCAUGAUUUAUAUUAAGGUCUUUGAUCCAUUUCAAGUUUACUAUUGUGUAUGGGGUUACACAGUGAUCCAGUUUCAUUCUCUUGAAUGUAGCGGUACAGUUUUGCCAGCACCAUCUGUUGAAGAGACUGUCAUUUCUCCAUUGUAUGUCCAUGGCUCCUUUAUCAAAUAUUAACUGAGCAUAUAUGUUUGGGUUAAUGUCUGGAGUCUCUAAUCUGUUCCACUCGUCUGUGGCUCUGUUCUUGUGCCAGUACCAAAUUGUGCUGAUUACUAUGGCUUUGUAGUAGAGCUUGAAGUUGGGGAGUGAGAUCCCCCCCCACUUUAUUCUUCUUUCAGGAUUGCUUUGUCUAUUCGGGGUCUUUGGUGUUUCCAUAUGAAUUUUUGAACUAUUUGUUCCAGUUCGUUGAAGAAUGUUGUUGGUAAUUUGAUAGGGAUUGCAUCAAAUCUGUAUAUUGCUUUGGGCAGGAUGGCCAUUUUGACGAUAUUAAUUCUUCCUAGCCAAGAGCAUGGGAUGAGUUUCCAUUUGUUAGUGUCCUCUUUAAUUUCUCUUAAGAGUGUCUUAUGGUUUUCAGGGUGUAGGUCUUUUACUUCCUUGGUUAGGUUUAUUCCUAGGUAUUUUAUUCUUUUUGAUGCAAUUAUGAAUGGAAUUGUUUUCCUGAUUUCUCUUUCUGCUAGAUCAUCAUUAGUGUAUAGGAAUGCCAUUGUUUUCUGUGUGUUAAUUUUGUAUCUUGCAACUUUGCUGAAUUCAGAUAUUAGAUCUAGUAGUUUUGGAGUGGAUUCUUUAGGGUUUUUUAUGUACAAUAUCGUGUCAUUUGCAAACAAGAACAGUAUAAAUAACUUCUUCCUUGCCAAUCUGGAUGCCUUUUAUUUCUUUGUGUUGUCUGAUUACUGUAGCUAGGACCUCCAGUACUAUGUUGAAUAGAAGUGGGGAGACUGGGCAUCCUUGUCUGGUUCCCGAUCUUAAAGGAAACGCUUUCAGCUUCUCAGUGUUAGGUAUAAUAUUGGCUGUGGGUUUGUCAUAUAUGGCCUUUAUUAUGUUGAGGUACUUGCCCUCUAUACCCAUUUUGUUGAGAGUUUUUAUCAUGAAUGAAUGUUGAAUUUUGUCGGAUUCUUUUUCAGCAUCCAUGGAGAUGAUCCUGUGGUUUUUGUCCUUCUUUUUGUUGAUAUAGUGGAUGAUGAUGAUGGAUUUUCGAAUGUUGUACCAUCCUUGCAUCCCUGGAAUGAAUCCUACUUGAUCAUGAUGGAUGAUCUUUUUGAUGUAUUUUUUAAUUUGGUUUGCUAAUAUUUUGCUAUUUUUGCAUCUAUGUUCAUGAGGGAUAUUGGUCUGUAAUUUUCUUUUUUCUGGUGUCUUUGCCUGGUUUGGUAUGAGAGUGAUGCAGGCCUCAUAGAAUGAGUUUGGAAGUAUCCCUUCUUCUACUCUUUGGAAAACUUUAAGGAGGAUGGUUACUAGGUCUUCACUAAAUGUUAAAAUUCAGCAGUGAAGCCAUCUGGUCCAGGACUUUUCUUCUUAGGUAGGUUUUUGAUUACCAGUUCAAUUUCGUUGUUGGUGAUUCGUCUGUUCAGAUUUUCUGUUUCUUUCUGGGUCAGCCUUGGAAGGUUGUAUUUUUCUAGAAAGUUGUCCAUUUCUUCUAGGUUACCCAGUUUGCUAGCAUAUGCAUAUAAUUUUACAUAGUAUUCUCUAAUAAUUUUUUGUAUUUCUGUGGUAUCCGUCAUGAUUUUUCCUUUUUCAUUUCUGAUUCUGUUUGUAUAUGUAGACUCUCUUUUUCUUGGUAAGUCUGGCUAGGGCUUUAUCUAUUUUUUUUAUUUUCUCAAAGAACUGCUCUUGCUUUCAUUGAUCCUUUCUGUUUUUUUAUUCUACUCAAUUUUAUUUACUUCUGCUCUAAUCUUUAUUAUAUCCCUCCUUCUACUGACUUUGGGCCUCAUUUGUUCUUCUUUUUCUAGUUUCCUUAAUUGUAAGGGUAGAGUGUUCAUAUGGGAUUCUUCUUCUUUCCUGACGGAGGCCUGUAUUGCAAUAUACUUUCCUCUCAGCACAGCCUUCUCUGCAUCCCACUGAUUUUGCGGUGUUGAAUUAUUGUUGUCGUUUUUCUCCAUAUAUUGCUGGAUCUCUGUUUUUAUUUGGUCAUUGAUCCAUUGGUUAUUUAGGAGCAUGUUGUAAAGCCUCCAUGUGUUUGUGAUAUUUUUCAUUUUCUUUGCGUAAUUUAUUUCUAGUUUCAUACCUUUGUGGUCUGAGAAAGUGGUUGGUACAAUUUCAAUCUUUUUGAAUUUACUGAGGCUUUUUUUGUGGCCUAGUAUAUAUAUGAUCUAUUCUUGAAAAUGUUCCGUGUGCACUUGAGAAGAAUGUGUAUCCUGCUGCUUUGGGUGUAGAGUUCUGUAGAUGACUGUUAGGUCCAUCUGUUCUAAUGUGUUGUUCAGUGCCUCUGUGUCCUUACUUAUUUUCUGUGUAGUUGAUCUAUCCUUCAUAGUGAGUGGAGUGUUGAAGUCUCCUAGAAUGAAUGCAUUGCAUUCUAUUUCCCCUUUUAAUUCUGUUAGUAUUUGUUUCACAUAUGUAGGUGCUCCUGUGUUGGGUGCAUAGAUAUUUAUAAUGGUUAUGUCUUCUUGUUGGAUUGACCCUUUUGUCAUUAUGUAAUGUCCUUCUUUGUCUCUUGUGACUUUCUUUGUUUUGAAGUCUAUUUUGUCUGAUACACGUACUGCAACUCCUGCUUUUGUCUCCCUAUUAGUUGCAUGAAAUAUCUUUUUCUAUCCCAUCACUUUUAGUCUGUGUUUGUCUUAGGGUUUAAAGUGAGUCUCUUGUAGGCAGCAUAUAGAUGGGUCUUGCUUUUUUAUCCAUUCAGUGACUCUAUGUCUUUUGACUGGUGCAUUCAGUCCAUUUACAUUUAGGGUGAUUAUCGAUAGUUUUGUACUUAUUGCCAUUGCAGGCUUUCUAUUCAUGGUUACCAAAGUUCAAGGUUUACUUAGUAUCUAAAAGCCUAGCAUAACUCACUUUAUGCUAUUACAAACACAAUGUAAAGUUUCUUUUUUUCUCCUCCUUUUUCUUCCUCCCCCAAUCUUUAUAUAUUAGGUGUCAUAUUCUGUACUCUUUGUCUAUCCCUUGAUUGACUUUGGGGGUGGUUGAUUUAAUUUUGCACUUGCUCAGUAAUUAACUGUUAUACUGUCUAUACUGUGGUUUUAUUACCUCUGGUGACAGCUAUUAACCCUUAGGAACACUUCCAUCUAUAGCAGUCUCUCCCAAAUACACUGUAGAGAUGGUUUGUGGGAGGUAAAUUCUCCUAGCUUUGGCUUAUCUGGAAGUUGUUUAAUCCCUCCUCAAAUUUAAAUGAUAAUCUUUCCGGAUAAAGUAAUCUUGAUUCCAGGCCCUUCUGCUUCAUUGCAUUAAGUACAUCAUGCCACUCCUUUCUGGUAUAAGGUUUCUGCUGAGAAGUCUGAUGAUAGCCUGAUGGGCUUUCCUUUGUGUAUGGUCUUGUUUCUCUCUCUGGCUGCUUUUAAUAGUCUGUCCUUAUCCUUGAUCUUUGCCAUUUUAAUUACUAUAUGCCUUGGUGAUGUCUUCCUUGGGUCCCUUAUGUUGGGAGAUCUGUGCACCUCCAUGUCCUGAGAGACCAUCUUCUUCCCCAGAUUGGGGAAGUUUUCAGCAGUUACCUCCUCAAAGAUACUUUCUGCCCCUUUUUCUCUCCUUCCUCUGGUACCCCUAUAAUGCGAAUAUUGUUCCGUUUGGAUUGGUCACACAGUUCUCUCAAUAUUCUUUCAUUCUUAGAGACCCUUUUUUCUCUCUAUGCCUCAGUUUCUUUGUAUUCCACUUCUCUAAUUUCUAUUUCAUUUAUCGUCUCCACCGUAUCUAAUCUGCUUUUAUAUAAUACCCUCUAUUGUGCUCUUCAACGAUUGGAUCUCUGACCUGAAUUCAUUCCUGAGUUCUUGAAUAUUUUUCUGUUCCUCCAUGAGCAUGUUAAUGAUUUUUAUUUUGAAAUCCUUUUCAGGAUGAUUCAUGAGGUGGAUGUCAUUUGAAUCUUUCUCAGGAGUUGUAUUAAUGCUUUGAACCAUGUUCCUUUGGCGUUUCAUAUUUGUAUAUGGCGCCCUCUAGUGCCCAGAAGCUCUACUCUCUGGAGCUGCUCAGCCCCUAAAGCAAUGUCAGGGGUCACAGGGGAGCGGUAUUGGUGCCUGGAGGGAGGAAACAGCUGUUUCUUGCCUCCCGGCUGCUAUGCCUGCCUCCAGUGCCUGAACCAGUGGGCUGAGCACACAGGAAUAAGCCUCUAUGCUUUGCAUUUGUAUUUGCUGUAAACGGGGCUUCCCUCUGUCUGGCCUAACGCCAGGGCAGGGUUUGCCAAUUUGCAAGCCAGGUGGAGCUGGCUGCAAGAAAGGCUCGGUAGGCUGCAUAUCACUGAGGGGGUCCUUCGAGCUGUGUAGCCAGCCUGGGCACUAGAGCGCCUGAAGAUCGAGGAAGUUCCCAGCAUUCUGGGCAGAGUACACCCAGACAAUUUUUUCUACCUGUCCUUUCUCCUGAGCAGUAAGCUGUGUGCAAUCCUUGCCCCUUUAGCAGCCCUAUUGCUCUUAGGGAGUCUCUCAGACUGUCCGCCUUUCUUUUGUCCCAGAGCAGCCGGAUAUGGAUCCCUGCUUUCCACAAGCAGCUGGAAUCUCAGUCUCUCCAGGAGUUCUGCCUGUCUUAGCUUUCCAACCCCCUAAUCAUAAGAGUAUCAUGAAAGCACCAUGAAAUGUACAUUUGUGCUCCCAGAGCAGAUCUCUGGAGUUAGGUGUUAAGCAGUCCCUGGCCUCUACUCCCUCGCUACUCUGUUUCUCUUCCUCCCUGCCAGGCCAUGGCUUUGGUACAUUACCCUGUUCCGUGAGGUUUAUUUUUUUUCCAGGUGUAUGCAGUUUGGUGCAGUCCUCUUUCCUGUUGCUCUUUCAGGAUUAGUCGUAUUAAUUAUAUUUUCGUAUUAUACACAGUUUUAGGAGGAAGCCUCUGUCUCACCUCUCACACUGACAUAGUUAAUCCUCUCUCCAGGUAUUAGCUUUUAAAGCAAAGAGGAUAUUGCCAUCCCAGUCACUCUUAAUUUGACCCGUGGAUGUAACAGCUAAGUCACUACAUGUCAAAUUCAAUUUUUCUGCCUUAAGAAUGAAUGUCCUACAUAAAAUAUUGGAUGCAGUGUAUAAAUUAUCCAAGGCAGUAACUUCAGCUUUAUAUAUAUUGUUUUAAAGUCAUCUACUUUUAUUUAAACUUGUAGGUUGGAUUGUUUGCUAUUGCUAUUUAUAAAGAUACAUAUCUUUCAGUAAACUACAUUUGUAACUUUUCCAUAAGCUGAUUUUGAUUCAUCUUAUCAACUUAAGCACACCCUGUUCAUAGGGAAAAUAAACCUUGGAUUAUAGCUUUGACCUGAGGAAAACGAAGCCACUUAACCUAAUUUAUGCUUUUGACUGUACUGUUUCUGGAGAGGAAAGCCACUACAAUAGUCUCAGUUCUUUAGGGUGCAGAACACUUGUUUUAAGAAGCAUAACAGAAGAAAAGAAUAUAUGAUUUCUAUGGAAAGUUGACUUGGUUCAGGUCAAAAAAUAAGAUUUAGAAUAAAACACUAAGAUUCCAGCAGAGAAUUUCAAAGAAGGCUCAUCACCAAAACCCAAGUUAGUGAAAAGUUAGUGAUACAGUUUGCUUGGUAUUUUUUAAAAUGUGGAUUACAGUUUUCUUAUCCAUUCACAUAUAUGCGAUUUAAAUCUGCUCCUGACACACAUGAAGGAGUGGCCAUCAGUUAGGCACUUCUUGGUGAAAAGCCAGGAACAUCCCAUCUGUGCUUAUCCAGAUUCUACACCUCAGCACACAUGAUUUUGUUGUUGUUUUGUUGUAUUUACUUUCAUCAGCAUUUGAGGUUUAAAAACAGGGUAAAGGGUCCUAGUCAAGUAAAUAGUGGCCUAAGGCCAAUUAUCAUACUAAGAAUCAGAUAAAAUUCUGGACAUGAGAUACCUUAUAAUCUAAUUGAUUGAGAAUUAAAUGUCUUUACUUUAGAAAAUCUCAUUUAAGUCAGUUCCUUUUCUGCAGUUCAAAAUACAGAAUGGAUUUAAUUAACUAGCAUUUAACCAGCUUUUCCUUGCCCUUGAAGGAAAAAAUUAUUUUUCUCUCAACCUGAUCUCUGUUAAGAAAAAUCCUCUAUCAAAAAUCCAGUCAUUAAGACACACGUGAUUGAUGGAAUCAGAUUGUCUUCGUGGUCAUAACCAAGUGAAACGUUUCUUGUGGCAGGUGAGACAGUAAUACAGCAUUAGAGAGGAUCAGAAGCUGCUGGUUUCUAUUGUUGGUUUUCAAUGUUCUUGGGGAUUUUUGUUUUCAGCCCUAAGACGGCAUCAGCUUUGGAAAGCGUGGCCUAUAGAAUUGUAGAAAGCAGUGAUGGGAUGUAAGGAGAGCCUCCACUUGAUGCCUGAGAUCCAGCCAACUAUUGCUCUGACCCACAGAAAUAGCGCCAGCUACCUUCACCAGCAUUUGUACAGAGCAGGGAAUUCUGGUUUUAACCCAUCAUUAGCAAUGUGCAUUUGAGGAAAUUCAACCCUACAGACAGCUGCAGGACUCCAGAUCCAUGGCUUCUUUCCAUCUCAAAACGGGUAGAAACACAUUCUCUGCUCCAGGGUUCUAGUCCAUGUGUCUUAUGGCUCCAUUUCUGUGAGAUACUCUGUCAUUUUGACAGUCUCUUUCAGUGACUUGGGUUUUGUUCAGCAGGCUGGCUGUGCUAGCAUCAUAUCGUCCCCUUCUCCGGUGUGGUUUUAGAGCAUAGCUCAAUUAGACUUGCGUUGUCUGCUCAGUCAGUACACAUCUUCACUGUUUGAAAGGUGUCACGGCUGUCAGAGAAUCUCCAUGAACCUGAAGAUAUUUCUUGUGAAGUUGAAUGCAAAUGUACUGUCAUUCAUAGGGUUUAUAUAAAAAAUACCAGGAAUCUUCACUUUUGCUACCUUGAUAAAGCAUUGGGCUAUCAUGUUAACAACAUUGAAAUACAUCAUUUAUUAAAAAAUACUUUUAUAAGAAA